AUGCAAAAAAUACAUGGAGUUAAUACUCACUCCCAAUCGCAACUUCAUGGGCCUUUCCGGCAGAGCUCGGAAAAAUUGGGAAUUGACUUUGAUUUGAAAGAAAAACAGAUAGAGAUUUUAAAAGCCUUAUAUACUGGCAAAGACUGUGUCGGUAUUCUACCAACUGGUUAUUGCAAAAGCCUUAUUUGUCAACAUUUGCCAUAUUUUCUGCAGAGAAAAUUCGGUUCGUCCCAACCAAAGCUUGUUUCGACCGUUUGUCCGUUAAAUUCGUUGAUGGAGGACCAGUGCAUGGCACUAAGGAAAAAGGGGUUAAGAGUUUGUAUGUUAAAUACAGAGGGGACGAAGGGAUUGUCGUACAAACUUGACAAUUCUUCCUCUGAUGAUGAAGACGAAGGUGAUGAUAAGGAGGUUGUUCCCAAGUUUGUUCAAUUACCAGCAAUUCAGGAUGGGAAUGUUGACCUUUUAUACUCACACCCAGAGGCCCUCUUCACAGGAAAGGCUAUGUCAAAGAUGUUAAGGUCGGACAAAUAUCAGAAACGCUCAGGUGCUAUUGUUGUGGAUGAGGUCCACAUUGUAAAACAGUGGUAA